UUGGUACUUGGAUUUGCACUUCUUCACAGCAUUGCUUUAUUUUUAUUUUUUUCCUAGUUGGCAUGGAGUUCUUCAAGCGUUACAGCGCAAUUGGCGGUGGGCAACAGCAGUCUGCAUCUGAGACCAUUCAGCGCCUUGCAGACCGGGUUGAGACGUCGACUCUGCUUGAGGACAAGCGGGCGGCAGUGCUGAGUCUCAAGGGCCUGUCACGCGAAUACAAGAAGGUAAGAGCGCACGCCUGGCAACCAGCACCGACUCUGGCGGUUGAAUGCAUAAAGGUGGCCAAGGGCUUUGCCUAAUCUGUAAUGUCGGUGCUGCUUAGGAAAUUGGGGAGGCCUCCUUGCCUGCGUUGCUGGCUGUGCUGAAGGAGGACGGGGAGGACCAGAACCUGGUCAAGGCUAUUCUGGAAACACUGAACAACCUGUGCACGCGCGAUGCCUUGCGGGACGCUGA